GGAGCACAGCAACCUGACCGCCGCCUCCUGGCAUAUGCCAUCACCGCCACAAAGAGCUCGCUGAGCUCAGGCGACGGGAGCUCCCGGGGCUGCGCGGCACAGGAGGCUCUGCGCGGCGGACCCGGGGGAAGGGACCAGACUGAGGAUGGCCCGGAAGAGAAAGCCCCCCAGCAGCCAGGGUGACCCAAGGAGGUAUGAUCCAGAUUUCCAGGGACCUACUGCCAAAAGGACUUGUACGGACGUUAUAUGCUGUCUGAUCUUCCUACUGUUUAUUUUGGGCUACGUUCUGUUAGGACUCUUGGCUUGGGCACAUGGUGACCCCAGGAAAAUGGCCUAUCCUACGGACAGCCAGGGACAUUUUUGUGGCCAGAAGGGAACCCCCAAUGAGAACAAGACAGUUUUGUUUUACUUUAACAUCUUUAGAUGUACCGGUCCUUCCAUGAUGCUCCAGCUACAGUGCUCUACCACACAGAUCUGUGUCUCCAGGUGCCCAGAGAGAUUCCUCACCUACUUGGAUAUGCAGUUUUUGAACAAAGAAGACAAAAACUACUGGGAAUACUAUCGACAGUUCUGCAAGGCCAAGGCCAAGCCUGUGGAGACCCUCAGAGAUCUUCUGAUCAGUGGCGACUGUCCCGUAGCAGUGUACCCAAGCAGACCUUUUCUGCAGAGAUGUAUACCUGACCUUUCAGCCAUCAAUGGCACCUGGACGUUAGGAAGUAGGAUGAAGUUUGAAGAUGGAAGCGGGCAGACCAGGACUAUGGUAGAACUCAGGGAGGCUGCGAAAGGCAUUAGUGAUGUGAUCAAUGCCAGGACGAUCGGGCUGAAGCUGCUUGAAGACUAUUCUACCUCGUGGAAGUGGAUUCUCAUUGGCCUGACUGUUGCCAUGGCACUGAGUUGGACUUUUUUAAUACUCCUGAGGUUCACAGCUGGAUUCCUCUUCUGGUUCUUCAUAUUUGGUGUGCUCGGAAUUAUAGGAUAUGGAAUAUGGUACUGUUUUCUGGAGUACAGCAGCAUUCAGCAGAGGCCACAGUCAACAUUCUGGAUGUAUGGCUUCGGGAUUCAGAGGAGAGUAAACAUGUUCUUUCACUUGAAGGAGACCUGGUUUUCAAUGAUGCUCAUCUUGUCUGCCAUUGAAAUCAUCAUCAUCAUCGUCCUGAUCUUCCUCAGGACUCGGAUCCGAGUGGCCAUCAUCCUGCUGCAGGAAGGAAGCAAAGCCAUUAGCUACCUUCCCAGUGCGUUAAUCUACCCAGUUUUAACCUUCGUCUUGCUAUCAAUCUGCAUUUCCUACUGGGCUGUGACAGCCGUUUUCUUGGCUACGUCAGGGGUACCAAUAUUCAAAGUUAUGGUCCCAGCGGGGCAGUGUAUGUAUGAAGAUGAAACUUGUGACCCAGAGAUUUUUCCUUAUACUAACAUUCCCAAAGACUGCCCCGGCGCAUCGUGCAACUUUGCUUUCUAUGGCGGAAGGAGCAUGUACCACAAUUACAUCCUGACCUUCCAGGUCUACAACCUCUUUGCCUUCCUUUGGCUUAUAAACUUUGUCAUUGCGUUGGGUCAGUGUGCCCUGGCUGGUGCCUUUGCUUCCUAUUACUGGGCCAUGAAAAAACCCGAGGACAUCCCGCCAUAUCCACUCUUCAGUGCGUUUGGGCGAGCAGUACGAUACCACACGGGGUCUCUGGCCUUUGGAUCUUUGAUCCUUGCAUCCGUUCAGAUGUUUAAAGUGAUCGUAGAAUACCUGGACAGGAGACUCAAAAAGGCUCAGAACAGUGCUGCUCAGUUCCUGCACUGCUGCCUACAGUGCUGUUUCUGGUGUUUGGAAAAGAUGGUGAAGUUUUUAAACAGAAAUGCCUACAUCAUGAUUGCAUUAUAUGGCAAAAACUUCUGUGAGUCAACAAGAGAUGCUUUCUACCUGCUCAUGAGAAACAUUCUGAAAGUCACAGUUACAGAUGAAGUCACAUAUUUUGUAUUACUCCUGGGAAAAAUCCUGGUUUCUGGGAUUGUAGGUGUCUUGGCCUUCCUACUCUUCACAGAAAGACUACAAAUAAUUGUAGAGGGACCAACGACUUUAAAUUACUACUGGGUCCCCUUCCUGACUCUUGUGUUUGGAUCUUACAUGAUUGCUCAUGGAUUCUUCAGCGUCUAUUCGAUGUGUGUUGAAACCAUUUUCAUCUGCUUCUGUGAAGACCUGGAGAGGAACGAUGGAUCUGCAGAGAAACCUUAUUUUGUAACACCCAGCCUGCACAGCAUCCUGACCAAGAAGCGUCCGGGUCCCCAGAGAUAGAGUAGAGAAGCUCCACGCAGGAACUUUGUGAAUUAGGUUGACGGCAAUAUGAAAAUGUUGCUUUAGAGCAGUAUUUCUGCUGUUGCUGAAAGGUGCACUUGGUACCAUCUGAGGGACCAGGCAUUUGACAGUGGCCUCAUUGACUUUGCAGACUGUGGUCCCAAGUGCAAACACCUGUAGCCGACAAUGUUUUAAUAACUUUUAUAACUUUGCUAGCCUUUCUUUCUUUUUUUUUUUUUAUAAGUGUAAAGGGUAUUCAGGCAGUUUUUUUUUUUUACAACACUAUAAAUGUGUGAUCAAUUAGCCAUAAAAAAUAUUGAGUUGUAGUUGACCAGCAUAUGAUACUGAAUUUGUAAAUAUGCUGCUAUGGUUAUAGUUACUGUUGAAGCCGGUGAACAACUCUCUAAAACUGUGAUUCAACCUGUGUUCCUGGUUUCCUAGAAAGCAUAUUUCAAGUGGGCGAGUUAGUCCAUGACAAGCUGUAGAAGGGCAGGUCCUGUGGGCUCAGCACUAACCCUGCUGCAGGUGGACUGAGCCUGGAGCCUCAUCUCUGUUUUAGCGAAAUGAGACUCAUGCUUGGGUGAAGUCAGAGUUUGGGGAUAACCUCUCCACUCCUGUGAAGCUCUGGCCACCUGAGAAUAUCUGAGUAGAGCAGAAACGGCUGCCUUCCUCACCUCUCGCCUCCCCUGAGCUUCCUCACGCAGUCAUGCAGAAGGCCCAUGGGUUCUUCUUUUCAUGGGCACGCCCAGGCACAAGGUCGAAGUUCGCCUUUUAGUGAGGGAGGAAAGCGGAUGGCGGUUCAGACCAGUGGCCUCCUAUCAGGUUCAGACCAGUGGCCUCCUAUCAAUCAGGUACCGAAUCUGGUGCUUCCUGGGGCUAUGCGUGUUUCGUAUCAAGAGUUCUUACAUCGCCACAGACCCAGGGCUUAGAAUGGAAGCUGGUGUGUUGUGGCCAUGCCUACAUCUCACAGGGUGCAGAAAAGUGUGAAUUGGAUUCACACGCGUUGCAUGCUUUUCCCUGUGUGUAGAAUUGGGCCGAGUAUAAAGAGGCCCUCCACAGAGCACAGGAUUAACCGGUGCCCUUUUGGUUUUGACACUAAACUCACGUCAGAUUGUCUAUAUAUUAUUAGUGUAAUGUGUUGCCAUCAAUACAGCCCACGCAUUUGAGAGUCUGAAAUAUAUCCUUGUGUUAUAAGUUAAUAUAAAUGCUAAUUUACUUAUCCCGAAGUGUGCGAACCUAGAUUUAGAAUGGUGGUGCGGCAUCUUCCUACAUAGAACCAGUAACUCCAGAAGGUUUUCGAAGUGUCGGUCCACAGGAGAGUCACUAGCUUCUUCUUGGCUGGCUUUAUUGAGAUCAUUAGUCCCAAAUGUCACCUGUCAUUUUUUUUCCUUAAUAACAGAGAAAAGCAAUCGCUUAUCUAUUUUUCUUGCAUUUUAGUAGUAUUUUAUUUACAACCAUGCAAGGACCUCAACAAAAAUCAUGGCAAUGGUGACAUAUAGUGAGCCUGUAGCUAGCUGCAGGGGUCCAUCUAACUCACGAGCUUGUGUUAGGAUGUGGACCACUCUCUGGACCAUGAUAAGACCCUCUAGUUGAUUCAGAUACAUGCAAAAGUUGUGAGGUUGGCUAUAGAUCAGAUAUAAGAAAUUAGCUGUCUGGUUUGCUGUGUUAUAGUAUACUCCCACUCAGAAAAAUAGUCUCCGUUUGUUACUUCUAUAAUUAAAAUGCAUAAAGUAAGAAUGAAUGUUGUUUUUGAGAAGAAUUUUAGAAGCCAUUUUUCUUACACAGCAAUUGAAGUUUUUUGAAACACAGAGCAAUAUUUCCAGAACUGUUUAUGGAAGGAUUCGAGAUCACAAACAAAGGUCUCUCUGCCGAGGCUUUACAAUCUAAAUUGCCAUUGGCCAAACAAAGGCAAUUUGGAAAUAGAUGCUGUAAUUUAGAAAAUGAAUUUGGAUGGGG